CACCUACAACCGCGAAAUGUAAUGUUCCUAACAUCGCUUCAGAAGAUGAAUUAAUUUAUAAUUAAUAAUAUUCGAGUAAACAUAAUAAACACAAGAGUUAUUAAUACUUAAUAUAAAAAAUCUGUUUACACGAAGAGAUCCCUCGCGUUACGGAAAUUCAUAUUACGGAAGUUCCGCACUUACGGUAAUUGUGAAGUAUAACAACUAAUUUCGGGAUACGAACCGAAACUUCACGCCUACGGUAACUCGAGUAAAUUCUAACUAUUUUGAUAAUAACCUAAAUUACAAUAUAAAUGUCAAAGUAUUUCUUUUUUCUUGUAAGAAGUAAUAUAUAUUUCUUGUGGAUUUCUUGACUGCCUCUGCUGCAGUUUGGAUUUAACUUUACAAACGUAUAGUGAAGCCGUUACGCUUGUUCAAGAUGACAGGAAAGAGACCAUCAAAUGAAAGCCAAAGCAGUAGUGUAAAAAGGAGUCGGAAAGGGAUUACAUUGGACGUUAAGCUUGAUAUCUUACGUAGAUUUGAUGCAGGAGAAAAACUAAGUCACAUAGCAAAAUCGUUAAAGCUUGCAGCAUCUACAGUAGGAACAAUACGUGACAAUAAAGACAAAAUUAGGAAAAUUGCUCAAGCAACCACUCCUUUAACUGCCCGGACGUUGUUUUUCCAUAGAUCUGAUGUAAUGCUGAAGAUGGAACGGCUCCUGAGUGUGUGGAUCAAUGAACAGACCAAACACAAUGUGCCAAUAAGUGCUGUGGUCAUUCAGGCGAAAGCAAAAACUUUGUAUGAACAUUUGCAGGAAAAGGAAGGUGCAGCUUCUGUUGUGAAGCCUUUCCUUGCUAGUAAAGGCUGGUUUGAAAGGUUCAAAAAACGUUUUAAAUUGCACAAAAUAAAAAUGAGCAAUGGAGCUGACAGUAUUGGCACCAAUAUUGAUAUAUGUGCUAAUACAGAAGACACAAUGGCAAAUACCGAAGAUGAUGUAUAUGACGAUAUAGAGGCUGAUACAGAGGUUAAUAUAGAUGAUAGUACAGAGACUAAUAUAAAAAUUCAUUUAGAAGACAGUACAGAAGAUACAAAAAUUCAUAUAGAAGCUAAUGCAGAGGCUGAUAUGGUAGCUAAUACUAGUUAUGUUGAGAAACUAAAGAAAAUGAUUAUUGAAGGAGGCUACACACCAGAACAAGUGUACAAUGUUGAUGAAACUGGACUUUUCUGGAAGCGGAUGCCUACUGGGACUUUUAUUUCCAAUGAAGAAAAAUCAGCACCAGGCUUUAAAGUUUCCAAAGAUCGCCUGACACUUCUUGUGGGAGGAAAUGCUGCUGGUAACAUGAAAUUAAAGCCCCUACUUGUGUAUCACUCUGAAAAUCCAAAAGCUUUCAAGGGUUAUGCUAAGUCUAAUCUACCUGUAAUAUGGCGUUCAAAUAAGAAGGCUUGGAUGACUACAAGCCUUUUCCAAGACUGGUUUACAAACUUUUUUUGCCCUGCUAUAGAAAUCUACAGUGCAAAGCGUAAUAUUUCCAACAAGGCAUUGCUACUUUUAGACAAUGCUCCAAGCCACCCUGUGAACUUAAAUGAUCUUUCUGAUAAUGUGAGGGUGGAAUUUAUUCCCAAGAACACAGCUUCUUUACUCCAGCCAAUGGACCAAGGUGUGGUAGCUCUCUUCAAAGCAUAUUACCACAGAAGGAUUUUUAAACAACUCAUAAAAGCCAUUGAUGGUGAGGAUAAAACUACAGUUAGAGACUAUUGGGCAAAGUUUAACAUUAUGAAUGCCGUGGAUAAUAUAGCUGAGUCAUGGAAUGAAAUAAAACUUUCAACGAUGAACAGUGUUUGGAAAAACAUGUGGCCAGACUGUGUCCGUGACUUCACGGAUUUUCCACCGGUAGAAAGUCUACAUCAAGUUCAGCAGGACAUUGUGACACUUGCAAAUAGUGCAGGGUUUGAAGAAGUCAAAGAAAAUGAUGUGAUUGAGUUGUUGGAGUCCCAUGGAGAAAGCUUGUCUAACGAGGAGCUGCUGCUGUUGGAACAAGACCGAGCUGCAGAAGAAGAAGAGGAAGAUUUAGAAGCUGCCUCCACCCAGCUUCAGUUGAAUGUUGAUCAUUUGGCUACAGGGUUGGCGCUUAUACAGGAAGGUCUCCAGAUCUUUGCUGAUAACGACCCCAAUCGUGAACGCAACAUCAAAGUUAUAAGAGGAGUUCAUAAUGAGCUCAGAUCCUACAUUGAACUGUACAAAGAAAAGUUACGCCAUUAUUCCCAAUAACUUCCAUUGCAUCAUCUUCUACCAUGCAGCAGCAAAAAUUUUUUCUGAUACACAAAUACAUCUACAGAGAACAUGAUGACCUUUACAAGAGGUGAUGUCAGUGGAAUGAAUACCGGAAAAAAUACAAACCAUUCCAAAGCGACGAUGCAGGAGAAAUUGUUCCUUGUAGAUACAAACGGAAAAAUUCCACAGAAAAUUUCUAGCAGAGACUAAUCUGAGAAUCUCAUUCACUGAAUUUUGCUGCUACAUCCUUUUAAAGGUUGUGUACCCCAGUCUGCUUAUGAGACUGUAUGUGCAAACUACACAAGAAUCUAAGCUUUCUGGCAAAAAAGUUUUGUGAACUGAAACUGAUUGGGACUGCUGAUCUAGAGAGAUUUGCCAAACCUGUCUGUUGUGGUACUGCCAGCAGGCGUUGUAUGUAUAGAGUGUGUGAAAAGUACAAAGAGAAAACAGUUCUCUUCUAGAGUACAUAUGACAGUGCUGAAAAAGUGUUCUGUACCCAUUAAGGAACAGGUGAGAAGGUAAACAGAUACUUUCGGGUAGGGUCAAAAAAGAGAAAGGCUAACAGGGGCAAUUUGUUGAAUAGUUUUACAUGUGUCUAAGUAAGUUCUAAAAGCUUUUCUUCGGUAUGAAGCAGUAUUAUACCUAUUUCUUUAUUGCCCACAAGGGGCUAAACAUAGAGGGGACAAACAAACGGAUUAAGUCGAUUAUAUCAACCCCAGUGCGUAACUGGUACUUAUUUAAUCGACCCUGGAAAGA